AUGCGUCUAAAAACACUUCGUAAAGAACGACCAGCAUUUGAGAUCGAAGGUGCUGUUGUCAAUGGCAGUCGAAUGGAUAUAUCAAAUAGUGAUAUAAAAGCAUUUAGACAUCGAUCUAACACUUUAUUUGCUUUCCCAACAUCUCUACAUACGGAAUCAUCUACUUUAACUGUUUCACCAUUGGAUCACGCUAAUGAAAUGAAUUGUUAUUCUCGCGAGCAAACUAUUAUUCCAACAACAUCUCAACCUUCAAAUAUUUCACCUUAUCAAGCUAUUGAAGCUGCUUAUCUUGAACAUGGUAUUCGUAUACGUUUAAGUCCAUCGAGAACAGCUGCACCAGGUCAACAAUCAGAAAGAAAAUCUGCUAAUAGCUUUCAACGACAUUCAGCAUUUAUUAAUCGACAUCCGAGUCGAACAUCGAGUGUUCUUCAUUAUUCAACAACUAAUCAAGAUCACUGUAAUGAUUCUCGAUCAUUUAGUGCAUUACAACAAAUAUCUUCAAAUGAUUUUGAACAAACGCAUGAAUAUAAUGUCUCAUAUGCACAAUCAUCACAAAUACAAGAAGAAACACAUGAAGAUUAUUAUUCGUCAUUGAUGAAAACUAAUGAACAUUGUAAUCCUGCAAAUUCACCAGAACUAAUUUCUAUGAAAAAUGGUAUAAUAUCUUCAACAACGAUAUGUAAUAAUGAUCCUGAUCUUAUAUAUAUGACUUCAUUAAUGAAUCAGCCAAGUGGAGAAUGUGUUCGAGAAACGAUUCGUCGACGUGCUGGUUUACGAGGAACAUUUGCUGUACAUCGAAAUCCAUUAGCAGCAAAUUCUAUUCAACCUCAACAGUAUCUUCGAGAAAAAUCACCUAAUAUCAAUCGAACCUCUUUAACACGUAAUGCAACUAUUGCAGUUGUUCCAACAUCAUUACCACAAAAAAUUGAUAAUGAUAUUCUUAAACAUGCAUCACGUAUUCGAAGAACAAGUGUAUCAAAAGAUUAUUCAAUCAAAUCUCCAAGAACAAAUACAACCUCUAUUUUUAGUUCACCAUCAAGAACUAAUACAAUUUCUAUUGCUAGCUCACCAUCAAGACCUAAUACAGUUUCUGUUGCUAGUUCACAAUUAAGAAAUGAUGCAAUUUCUAUUGCUAAUACACCGUCAAGAACACAUAUAAUUUCUAUUGAUAGUUCACCACGAAGAGCUAGUACAAUUCCUAGUGCUAACUCAUUAUCGAGAGCUAAUACGAUUGCGAUCUCUGGUGCAUCACUAAGAACUAAUAAUAAUAAUAAUCAUAAUAAUAAUAAUUACUAUUCUUAUAAGCGAAAUUCAAUCAACAAAUCAUUAAAAUCAAUCAACCCAGAACCACUUGAAAUGCUUCUAACGCCAACACCACAUCCUACACCGUUGUCUAUGUACGAUGUACCUCCAAUAAAGUCAUCAUCAAUCAAUCGUAAUCUAAAAAAAUCAAUAAAACGGACUAAAUCAGCUGUAACUCCAACUGUUCAAAAUUCGAAUACCACUAAUGUUUCAUCAAAAGAUCAUUCAAUUUCAUCAUCAAUAUUACGUGAUGAAAGUUUAUCGUUAAUGAAAACAUCUACAUCAGAUGUAGUUCGUCAAUCAAAUUCAAUUGACUCAGGUUGUUAUGAUCGAAGUAGUAGUGGUGGUGAUAUACAAAGUUUUACAUCUUCAAGUAUGGUACGAAUACAAAGUUCAAUACCAUCAACACGAUUAACUAGCUCAGUAGCGCGUCGUUCAAACUCACAUAAAAGAGUUUCGUUCUAUGAAGAACCUACAGCAGUUAUAUUAACAACAGCAACUUAUGUAUAA